GCGAUCUUCACAGGUUGAACACAGGCGCGUACGGCUGUUUGUGCUGGAUUCUCUUUUCUCUCAAAACUGACAGCCUCAGGUAUGAGGGCCUGCUUAGUGUUCAUUUGCUUCCUGGCAGUGUUUGCCCUGUCUGUAAAUAGUAAACCACAUGGAAAACGCCAUGGACUGCGCAAGACUUCACAUUCAACCAAAGAGAAGGACAUAAUCACAGAGGAGGCCAACAAGCCGCAGAUCUUACCCACUUUAGUCCCAAUUGAGGCCAGCAGCCAGGAGCAGGAAGACGAAGAACUGAGCUCUGAAGACAAUGCUAAUGCUAACAAGGAGGAAGGAGAGACUAGGGUGACUGAGAGGAGCGAUCCUGUCCUGUUAAGCGAGGAAGAGCUGGUUGACCUCCUUAAGAAAGAAGCAGAAGAAGAACAGGAAGCAGAGGAAAGAGAGCUGGAGGAAGGAGUGGAAAAAGAGCAAAGCAUUGUGGGUGAAGAUGAAGACUCUAAGGUGAAGAAGUUGGAUGAGACACUCAAAAUGAAGGAGGAUGCUAAAGAAGUGGCAGAUGUGAAAGAUGAAAAGGCAGAGGGUGUAGAAGAUGAAGAGAAAGUGGAGAAGGAAGGUGAGGUUGAGGUGGGAAAGAUGCCCCUAAAGGAGAAGGAGCAGGGGACUUUGCUGGAAGAAACUGAUGGUAGCACAGAGUCCGAGAUCCCAGCUGAUCUGGACUAUGCUGCCGAUGGUAGCAUCUUACAACCACUACAGAUCAUACCUGCAAACCUGAAACCCCACCCUGAUGACACCCAGCCUCUUACCAAAACAGAUGUCAAAGAGAAGACCACCUUCACAGAUGACCUUGAACACGAGGUACAAAACACAGAGGCAGCAGACAGCAAGGAAAUGUCUGAUGAAGACAAGCAAUCACAAGACACAUCUAAAGACGUCAGUGGCAAUAUGAAAGAAACCAAAGCAAAUGUGGACCCUCAAGAACAUAAGAGUGGUACAGAGUUAGAGACGGGAUCCCGACUAGCUGGGAAGGAGGAAGAGAAAAGUAAGAAUGAAAGUCGAAGUCACACCAAAGGAAAGACGAGGAAGCAGAAGAAGAACCAGCGAGCGAGGAAGUACUCUCCACAGAGUGAUGAAACUCAGCCGGGACAGGAGCAGAGCCAGCAGGACGCCCCGGAGUCUGAGCCAGGGGACAUCGACAACACAGUCCAGAAGGCCAAGAGGAGGAGAGCAGGAAAAUGGGGUCCUUUGGUAGGAAUGAAUCCAGUGCAGAUAAGAGCCACUGUGGACCUCUACCCCAGUACCAGGUCCUCUCUCAGUGGAGGAUCUCAUGGCUCAGAAGCCCCUGCAGAUCCAUGUGACAACUUUCCCUGCAAACGUGGAAAGACGUGUAAACUUGAUGCUGACAACAAGCCUGGCUGUGUGUGUCAGGAGCCUGCAGAAUGUCCUCCCAGUGUGAACGAGUUUGAUCACGUUUGUGGGACAGACAACAAAACAUAUGACACCUCCUGUGAACUCUUUGCGACUAAAUGCAAACUGGAGGGAACUAAGAAAGGACACAGACUUCACCUGGACUACACUGGGGCAUGCAAAUUUAUACCAGCCUGUGUGGACACUGAGCUGGUCCAGUUCCCGCUGCGAAUGAGGGACUGGCUGAAAAACGUGCUUCUGCAGCUCUAUGAACAUGACUCCAUGACUCCUGGCUUCCUCACUCCCAAACAGCGUUUUAGAGUGAAGAAGAUCUUCGAGAGUGAGCGGCGACUUCAUGCUGGUGAUCACUCUGUUGAGCUGCUCGCACAAGACUUUGAGAAGAACUACAACAUGUACAUCUACCCUGUGCACUGGCAGUUUGCUCAGUUGGACCAGCAUCCCUCUGAUAGAGUCUUGUCACACUCAGAGCUCGCCCCUCUACGAGUCCCUCUGGUACCCAUGGAGCAUUGCACCUCCCGCUUCUUCCAGGAGUGUGACGCUGACAAAGACAAACAGGUGUCAUUUAAAGAGUGGACCUCCUGUUUUGGCAUCAAGAAUGAGGAUAUGGACACCAACCUGUUAUUCUGAGCCUCAUUUUGUUCCUCAACUGCUGGUCAAGUUUUUUGAAUCUCCAACAGCUCAAUUUUAGACACAAACCUCCGUGAACCUCUGUUAUAAGGAUCUCUGACCCAUUAGGAUGAAAGAAACUCAUCUAACCAAGAGCACUGAGAGCAAGUU